CCCUCUCUCUUUUCCCCCUCUCUUUCUCUCUCUGCCUCUGUCAUCCGGCAAGUGGGAUGCAGAAGAUCUGAAAUCCCUCUCCCGCUCUCCGCGCUCCACUAAUACCCCAUCGCAUCACUCGCGGGCUAGAUCAGAGGAGGAGCAUAACAGGGAUAUUUAUCCAGUCAGUGGUGUGUUAUUCACGGGCAUCUCCGUACCUUCGUCUGUUUGCCGGCCACCAAGCCCCACAUUGGAGACUUAUGUUUAUCAUCUUUCGGUAUUGGCGGAACGGAACGGAAGGGAUUUUUGAAGGGAGCUUGCCUACUGUAUGUUUACAGACGUGGAGUAUUUGGUGAAUCUGGAAUUAUCACUUGAGUCUAGAUUGGGCAAUUGCUUUGGGCAUUUUGGUCGUUGUAUUUGUGCAUGAGUGAAGAUGUCAUUUAACUUCUGAGUAUAGAGGGUAGGAGCUGAAUACUGACAACAGAGGGAGGCUGCAGACGCAGACGGCGUUCGCUCUUGCUGUUCUUUGUAGAGACCCUAAAAAUGCAUAGAUGACACAAUUUAAUCUGUGGAAACCUUACUACUAAGAUUCUUUUAGAAGGAAGAAAACGUACCUAGCUUGUUUGUUUGGAAGGUUUAUGUGUGAGAGGAAAGGACUCAUCAUGAAGCCAUCAAUAGCAAUUUGGAAAUCAAAACUCUUACUUUUAAUAAUCAUUGCCCUGUCAUGGCAAACAGCAAUGUCAAUUCGUUUCCUCGGGACUGAGAACACAUUCGCACGAUAUGAGGAGUGGAACAGGACGGUCAACGGAACUCUCAAAUUUGAAUUCAAGACGGAGAGGAGAGAUGCAUUACUGCUCUACACAGACGAUGGGGGCACGGGGUCAAAGUUCUUCUUAGAGCUGGUCUUGGAGAAUGCACAGUUACAAUUACGCUUCCGCAUCAGGAACAAAGCUAGGACAAUAAUCAUCGGGGAAGAAUUGAGUUCAAAUACAUGGCACAAAGUCACACUGAUGAAAAGCCCCGAGGAGUGUGUUAUUAUCUUGAACGGGGAGAGAAAAUCUGGAGCCAUUCCUGAUGGUCAGGCAUCUCUUACCGGCAGUUCAGAUUUGUUUAUUGGUGGUGUCCCACGUAUUUUGCCUCUUACCUACAUCUCUCAUCCGGAGGUCAAAUUUCUGAAUCGCUUUGAAGGGCACGUCCGAAAUCUAGUGUACCUGGUGAGCGAGCGACCCAAAAGAUGGUACCGUCCUGAAUCUAUGGCAGCGAAUGGCAUCGAUGAAGACCCUUCUGAUCUGUGUGGCAGUGAUGACUUCUGCAGGAACCAAGGAUUAUGUGUCAGCUCUGAUGCAGAUGCAGAGUGUGAUUGCUCUGGAACAGGCUACACAGGUCUCACUUGUGAAACACCACUCAUACCCCAAACACAAUCUGAAGAAGCACCUGAUGAAAAAGAAGGUAAAACGGCCACAUCAGCUACCUUUGAUGGAAAUACCUACAUCAGCUACAGUCUCAUCAAGAAGAAGAUCUCCAAUAAUCGUGAUGAAGUCCUCUUUGAGUUCAGGACCCAGUCCCCAGCGGGUCUGAUCCUGAGUGUAGGGGAGGAGUAUGACUACAUCUACGCUGCUAUGAAUGGAGGCAGGAUUGAGAUAGCUAUUAAUCUCGGAUCAGGAGAGUAUAGAGAGUUUAUCACAGCCAGGAGAGGACAAAGUGGAUUCAUCGAUAAUGAGUGGCAUAAAGUUAGGAUUACGAGGGAGAAUACAGAGGUAACAAUAAGAGUGGAUGAGAGUAUCAUGGCAACUGGGAACACAGAGGGGGAUUUCAUGCGCCUCGGGGCCACCAGGGAGUUUCUGGUAGGGGGUGCAGCCAAUCCAGAGCUGGUACCUGGAUACAGAGAGGUGUCACAGAACUUCAGAGGCAAUCUCAGAGAUGUUGUUUACAAUGGAGAAGACUUUAUGCUUGAGCUUCUUGAGUUGGCUAUCAGCGGCGAUGACUUCACUCAGGUCUUUGGUGAUAUCACCUUCACAACAGAAGAUGUCGAUGCUAUCGAUCCUAUCACUUUCCUCAGUGAAGAAUCCUUCCUUCUUCUUCCAAAAUGGAUGGCAAAGACGGAGGGGACGCUUUCCCUGAGCUUCCGAACCAACGAGCCAUCGGGCGUGAUCAUGUACAACCGAGGUGCUGAUCACAUCACAGACUUCUUUGCUCUGGAGUUGAUGGACGGCUAUCUGCACCUGAUCCUAGAUCUGGGAUCUGGAUCUAUUCGCUAUAGGGCCGAUUCUCUCCCUCUCAAUGAUGGGCUGUGGCAUUCAGUCCUGCUCUAUAGGCAUCAUAAUAGAGGAACACUGCAGAUUGACAAUGAAGACCCAGGCAAGUUUAACGUUGGAGGUACAAGUAAGCAUCUCAACCUGGUGGACCAUCUGGUGCUGGGAGGAAUUGAUUUUGUGAAUGAUUCUAACUUCUUACCAAUGGACCUAUACAGUGGGGCAUUGAGGAGGGGCUACGUAGGGUGUCUCAAGAACCUGGUCCUACAGGGGACCUCCAUUGAUCUUCCUAGCUAUGCUCUAAGACAACAUACUGGUAAUGAGAUUGGAGUCUACUGCAGGGACGAAGAAGGGCAGUGUCCCAGCACCCCUUGUAGUCAUGAAGGAACAUGCACGGAAGGCUGGAACAGGUAUAUCUGUGAUUGUCGUAUAACUGGCUAUACGGGAAAGACAUGUGACGAAGAGGUAGCACGACUGUCAUUCAAUGGUAACCAGUACAUGCGCAUCACGGUAUCAGCAAACUCCCGUAGCAAGGUAGAAGACAUCUUCCUCAGGUUCCGCACGCGCUUCCCGGACGGCCUCCUGGUGGCGACCUCAUCCGAUAACGUGAUUGAUAUGCUGAUGGUGGAGGUGAAGCAAGGUUUGAUACGAGUGAUCACCAACUACGGUAUUGGUCAGACGAUGAUCACCGCAGGACACGGUCUGGAUGAUAAUCGAUGGCAUGCAGUCCAUGUCCAGCGGCGAGAUGACCGUCUCAUGGUCACUGUGGAUAAUACUGACAGAGCAGAAGCAUUUAACAUAACGUAUGGAGUGAGUGAAAACUUCCAGAGUGGAAUCCUUGAUUAUCAUUACAUCGAGGUUGGGGGUGUUGCAAAUCGGGAGAGCAUGCCGGACAACCCUUUAAACUUCGUCGGUCACAUGGAGCAGUUCCUGUACAACAACCAACCAUACUUUGACAUGGCUAAGGCACGGGAUCUGGACUACAUCAGAUUGAAUGCAACGUUUGGUGAGAAGAUGAGUCAGAGGCCAAAGGUCAAUCCCUUCACCUUCAGAACAAAAGAAGUCUUCGUCCAACUGGAGACACCCGACUCCUAUCCAGCCCUGACGCUCUUCUUUCACUUCAAGACCACGGAAUCCAAUGGUCUGCUGCUCUACAGCAGCGGUGGCCGUACUGACUUCAUCUCUGUUGGUCUAGUGGAGGGUCAGAUACAGUACGCCUUCAACAUGGGGGCCGGACCAGUCAAGAUCCACGCCAACACGCCCCACAUGCUCAAUGACAACAAAUGGCACGAAGUCUCCGUCUCAAAGAACAGUGGAGGUCGACAUGUCCUGCAAGUGGAUAACUCGAUGAGUAUUGCUCAACCGUCACCCAAGGCAAGACAUCUGGACCUGACUGAGAAUCUCUAUGUGGGCGGCGUAUCUACAGAUAUGUACGAGGAUCUACAGAGCGGGGUGGAGGCCAGAGUUGGCUUCCAGGGCUGCUUUGCAUCUCUAGAAGUCAAUGGCAGGAAACAGGAUCUGGAGGACUCGGCCAUCAGCAUUGAGAUGGACAAAUCCAACCUCAAACGUGGCUGUGAAGAUAAUGGUGACCUAUGCCUAGCGGAUGUAUGUGCUAAUGGAGGGUUAUGUAUACCAGGCUGGAAUGGGUAUAGUUGUGAUUGCAGGAUGACCAGCUUCUCAGGGGUCAAUUGCUCAGGAGUGAGUACAUCAUUUGGUUAUGGAACCGGUGGUGGUGUCAUCUCCUUGGAGAUCCCUGAGUCUCAAUGGUUACGGACUGAUCAUGAUGAUCUGAGUAUGGGAAUGGCUACCAGGUCAGCGAACGCCAUCAUAGCUCGUAUCGACAGUGCUACGUCUGAUGACUACAUCGAAAUGGAACUGGUCAACGGUUAUCUGUGGACGAUGUAUAACUUUGGAUCAGCCGAUCACAUGAUCAGUGACGACACCAAUCGCAUCAACGAUGGCUCGUAUCAUGUCAUCCAUUUCUCAAGGACUGGGGCCAACGCUUCUCUGCAGAUAGACCAGUAUGCUCGUAUUCAUAAGACACCAAAAGGCAAACAGUCUACAUUCUUUGACGAUCAGGCGAUAAUCAACCUCGGCGGACGCGGAGAAAUGAGCGACAGCAAACGGAAAAGAAGAAGAAGAGCACCCGCCUCAUCUCAGUUUGAAGGCAUGAUGUCCGGUCUCUCAUACAAUGACAUGAGAGUCCUAGAUAUGGCAGCGUCAGACGACCCACGUGUCGUACUCAGCGGGAACGUAGGCGAGCUCGAGAAUCCAGAGAAUUACAUCUAUGGGACACCGAUACCAACAACGUCAGAUGAGAGUACCAUCUACCGCAUCACUACCACCAGGAAGACUCCAGUAUUACCCCCUAUUCUCAAUGUAUCUAGUACAGCUAAUUCAGAUCUUACAUCUCCUACAAAGAUUACAAUGUCAAUAGCCCCGACUUCUGAUGGUGAAUAUACACCUGAUGAUCAAGACAUUAUUUUUGUGACUGGAUCAGGAUGUAUGUCAGAUGUACCUGAGGACUGCACUCCACAAGCAGCAGUAACUCCCAGAGGUGAGGAUAUCUUUGUACCAGGAGAGACAAUGAGUACACCCCCUCCUGACAAGCCUGGUGCCCCCGUCACCACCGAGUCUGCUUCACCCAUGUCCCCUCAGCCCCUUCCCCCUUCCAGCACGGAGCCAGGAUCAGGAUGUGACGAUGAUGACGAGGAUUGUAUGACUGCAUCAGGAGAGAAUUCAGGCACCAAGCCAAGUCCUACCAAAGACUUCACUUUCACCCCCGUGGAUGCUACUGGGGUAACGGUAGCAGGAUCCACACCCCAAUCAGGUGCCAGCCAGGGUAACAAUGGUUUUGAUUUCCUGGGUGAAGCUGGGCUGGUAGUGGGCGCCGUCUCCGCAGCUGCCGUUAUAUUCAUCCUCGUCAUCCUCGCUAUCUACAAAUUCAAGAAUCGCAAUGAAGGCUCGUACCAGAUCAACGAGAGUCGGAAUUAUGACUAUGAAGCGACGCGCACCUCCCUCUUACCCGCGACAGCCACAAACGGUACCCUACCAUCAAAACCAAAACCUUCAUUACCACCAGAGUAUGCGACAAAAGAAUGGUAUGUCUAGCAGUAGAUGGUAGGUCUAGAUAGAUAUAGCACAUUAUAUGUAGCUUUGUCUUCUUUUUGUAUAUUUGAAGAUUUAAAACAAAAAAAUCACAUAUAUGAUAUAGUAUUUCAAUCCAAACUAUUCUAACAGUGUGUGUAUAUAUACAAAGCAAUGUCCUAUGCUAAUUUGAUAUGCAAUUAUGAAACUAUGACGCAUUUUGAUGGAUGCUUCAUGUGUAGUACUUAAGGUUGAUUUUAUGGAUCUUGCCAGUAUGUCAAAAUGAAUACAUGUAAUAUACAAGUCACACCCAAUUUAUAGACCUCAACCAAUUUUAAUUAUUGUAAUUUUUUGUUGGUAAUGCAUUUUUUAUUUUCUUGAUUUCAAAUUAUAGCUUUAACCAUUUGAUAAAACACAUAAAAAGGCCAUGUCUAGUUUAAUAUCCUGAUGUAAAACUGUGAUAUUUACAGGCUUAUCUUUAAAAGUAUACAUGAACCUUUCUCAGUAGAAUUUGGAACAACAAAUAAUUCAGUUUGCAAUUUAAAGUUCAGUGUUUGCAUAUGUACUUAUGAAUCAUCAAAUGGUUGUUGAAUGAGAAGCAUUAAGUCACACCAUUUUCUAUCUUCCAAUAAAUUGUUUGUCAUGUCUGCGUUAUCAUUCUACUUGUAUAGUUAUGAUACAGAUACCGAUAAGCUUCUGUUUAUGGACAUUUAUGCUUUAUAAACCGACAUGUAUCAUUGUAAUUUUAGGAAGGAGUAGUGUUUGUUUGAUGGACUUUAUUCUUUCACCAUGUCUGGUAGCAACAGGUAGUGAACUUUAGUUUAUUCAUAUCCUAUUUCAAAUCUUUUAUCUGUAAAAACAGAAGGUCAAAGUUCAUUGAUACUAUAUCAACAUGUAGUAUCAAUAUACUAGAUAUAGUACUUGGUAUAAUAUCAAUAUACCAAGUAUUUUAUUUUCAACUACCAGACAACUACGAGACUGUUGCAUUGAAAACUUUAUGGCAUUUGAAUAAAUGAAUGUAUAAGCUUUCAUAAGUAAUGUCCAGGCUUGUAUGCACGGAGUACAUGUACCGGUAUAUCAAUUAGACCUUGGCUUAUCUUUUUCUAUCUUAAAUAACAUUAACAAGUUGUUAUCAAUGACAGUCGCUGUUGAUACACUGUCAUAACAUUUCUCAUUAAAGUCCUAAUAAGAAGCUUCUUAAAGUUUCUUACAUAUGUUGUAUAUCUUUAUUGUUUGUGUAAGCGUUAGGAUGUUGUUGACUUACAUGUAAUUGGGUGCUACCAGUAAAGUGAGUUACAUGUAUCCAUAUAUUUGCUUCACUUUUCAUUUUGUGUUUUUGCUCUAUAUGAAGCACUUGUAACCACCUCUUCCUUUACAUACAACUCAUAAGAAUGUAUUGAUCAAACUUAUUUGAUCACUAGAUGUAAUGUAUAGAGUUAUCCACUUAGAAAAUGCUGUAUGAUUUCAAUUGAAUUCACAUUAUUUAUACUAGAUGAUAAGUAUGGAAUGUGAAACAGAUUUUUUUCUUCUCCAGCUGUAUUCAAAAUUAUUUGCAAUCAAAUCUACUAACACAUUUACGGACAAGAUGCAAUCAUGAUGUAUGAACUGAAAUGGACUUUGAUUUUCUUUUUUUGCAUUGAAAAUAAUCUAAUAAGCUUAGGAAAUCAAGAUUGGAUGAGAGCUAUAGUUCUAUCUUUUGAUAGUAAAAAUUACAGAAACUGAAAUUCGAAGAAACAAGGCACAGUACUGAAUUGUUUUGAAAAUUUGUUGAAACAAGUAAUAUAUAGAUUUGUAUGUAUGACAUUAGUGACACACAUGCAAAUUAAAUCAGUUUAUGCUGAUUUGAAUCUGUAGGAAUCCAAAAUCAAAGUAGCAACAUUUCAAUACGAGGAUUUUAUAAACUCUUGUCCUUGCAACAGAGAAGGUCAAAUGAUUAAUCAGCAGCUUUUGCAGUCAGUGUUUUAGGUUUUAUUUGGUAACUUUGAAUUCCUUUUCAGGAUUUGCAAUCUCCAGAGAAAUUCAUUUAUGAUUAUAGAUUUGUUGUUAAAUGUGUGCUAAAUUUAAACAAGCUUAAUGAAGUCUUUGAUUGGACUUGAAUGAAUGAUUACAUUACACGUUCUUGUUUAUAUAAAAGUAUAAAUCAGUGUCCUUUAUUUAUGUAAUGUUUUUUUUAUAAUUCAGUGAUGUAUAAACUUACACAUGAAAUGAAUAAAGAGAAACAAUGUACUAAAAUCUCAGAGAAGAUGAAAUUGCCAGGUGCAAUUAUUGGAUGAAAAGUCAAGACAAGAUCUUUAGGAAAUACAUGUAUUGUCAUUUUAUUAUUAAUAUUAUUACUAUUAUUAUGCUGUCAUGUAAAUAUGGAUGCCCUGUAAAUCUUACAUUCCUUUUCACACAAAAUAUGUUCUGUAGAGAUAACAGAUACAGGUUUACAAAUGAGAUAUUGUAUAGUUUGAAAACGAAUGAGUGAUGUACAUAGAGAUAUGUAUUUAGUAUGUAACAUAAAUAACAUAUUAGUCUGCUAAAAAAAGACACACAGACUAUAAUGUUCAGAGAAAUAUGUAGUAGAAUUAGUUAUAUUUUUAGAAAAUACUGAUCAGUAGUUUUUGUGAUUGCCAUCUUUGCUGAUUUGCAUGUUCAUUUUUAUUUCUUAUAUUUCUAUCCAAGCAUCUGCAUUGCUUUCAGAACUUAUAUUAAUUAGAACUAUACUCUUAAAUAUGGUUUAUUAAUUCAUAAUUAGUCCUAUAGUAAAAACAAAUGAAUGAUAAGUUCUGUAAAUUUUCCUUUUCUUGAGUUAACUUUGAAGGAGAGCAACUGCAGAGAACUAGUUCCGUUUCAUUGCUCAAAAGAAAGAAAAUACUAUUUUCUGUUCAGAGCCAGAAGGGUGUUAAUGCUGUUAAAGUUUACGAGUUAAUACCGGUACCCUUUUGUCUAGAAAGCAAGGGAGAUGACCUACGGGCUUAACAUUAUCAUCUUUUUAUUUUAAUAUUAUCUUCUGAGAGCCAGAAAGAUGUGAGGUGUGUUCAAGGAUAUGAGUUAAUGUCCUUUUUGCUCUCAGCAGGCAUGUUGUGUAUGUAAUGUAUAAUGAAGAAGUUUAAAAGACGAUGGUUUAUUAAAGGUAAUGCAGCAUCCCAUUUCAAAGUUGGCCAUACUCGUAAUUAGGCUUAUUUAUAGUCAUAGAUAUGUACCAAGACCAAUAAGUCUAAGAAUAUAACCAUAUAUUUGUACAAAGAUUUCAUUCAUGCAUUGCAUUAUGGGAGAACAUACACCAUAAUUAUUUACCAAUUGCUUCAUUUAUAAGCUAAUACAUUUAUUUUCUUGCAAAAUUAUUUCAUACCUCAGCAUAUUAAUCGCACACACAGUAAUGCAUUGUCUGUUGAGAGCCAGAAGGUGGUUAAGCUGUGUUUAAUACAAGAUAAUGCCCUUCUGUCUCCAAGCAGAGAGUUUACCAAUUUAUGUGCCCUCAGUUAUGAUAAGCCUGUACCUAGUUUUCUUACAUUGCUGAGAUUGGUUCUAAUAAGAGUGUAUAUGCUGCAGGGAAGCAAGUUUGAAAAACAAACUUAGAAAAGUAUUUUAUUCUAGGUUCCUCCCGAGUACAGUAAACAAUGUUUGUAUUUGAAUACAUGUAUAUUUCUUAAAAGUUGGAAAAUGGAAGCUUGUAAAAAAUAAUUUCCACAACAUAUGGGUGCUGUGUUGUUAGUUUCUCAUAAUGUAAGAGUAAUUUAUGUUAAAAUUUAGCCAGGAAUCACGUAUAGCAUACAACCAACAAAU